AAGAGCAAAGAGUCACAGGCUGACAGUACUAAGAAAGGGAAAGCAUAGCGGUGACGCGUCACGUGGCACCCAGUAUAAAGAACCAGCAGUCCAGUUACAGAGGCUGCAUGAAGAUGUGAUAACACGCAACAAAAUCUUCUUUGGACGGAAGCCUUUGCGUUGGCUUUGAAUUUUGAUAAUGGGGUUCGAGGGCUCGUGAUUCGACAUUUUCCAUUUUUCAACGCCAACUUCAUUGGAAAGAGAAACCGAAUUCGUUUCUGAAGAUAAUAAAACUCUCUCGCUCUCACAGUAGCCUCACUGUGAUCUCAGAUAGAAAUAGCAAUGGCGACAUUGCAGUUACCUGUGAAUCCAACCAGAACGGAUGCAUUUUCUCGUUGCAAUUCCAUUUCUGGACUUAUCGGCCUCACCUCCAAAUGCUCCAAAUCGAGGCUGUUGCUGAUCGGAAGGACGGUGAAGUCACGGUAUCUGAGGAGGUCUUUUUUGGUGAAGAAUGUCUCCAGUAGUGAGGCAGCGCAGACACUGAAGGAUCCUGGGCAAGAAGCUGCUUCAACCACCCUCAUCCCAAUGACACAAGACGCUGAGUCUAUUGCCUCGAGUAUCAAAUACCAUGCAGAGUUCACUCCAAUGUUUUCUCCUGAGAAAUUUGAACUUCCGAAGGCUUUCUUUGCAACUGCACAGAGUGUGCGGGAUGCGCUCAUAAUAAACUGGAAUGCUACUUAUGAUUACUAUGACAAUCUAAACGUUAAGCAGGCAUAUUACCUUUCAAUGGAAUUUCUUCAGGGUAGAGCUUUGCUUAAUGCAAUUGGAAAUCUAGAGCUCACUGGUCCCUAUGCAGAGGCAUUGAGCAAGUUUGGUCAUAAAUUAGAAGAUGUGGCAUGCCACGAGCCAGAUGCUGCACUUGGAAAUGGGGGUCUUGGGAGGUUGGCCUCGUGUUUUUUGGACUCCUUGGCAACCUUGAAUUACCCAGCAUGGGGAUAUGGACUUAGAUACAAGUAUGGCUUAUUUAAACAGCUGAUUACCAAGGAUGGACAGGAGGAAGUUGCUGAAAGUUGGCUUGAGAUGGGCAAUCCCUGGGAGAUUGUCAGAAAUGAUGUCUCGUAUCCUGUAAAGUUUUAUGGCAAGGUCGUUCCAGGAGCAGAUGGGAAAAAACAUUGGAUUGGGGGAGAAGAUAUAAAAGCUGUUGCACAUGAUGUUCCAAUCCCUGGAUAUAAAACUAAAUCCACAAUCAACCUGAGACUUUGGUCUGCAAAGACUGCAUCAGAAGAUUUUGAUUUAUAUGCUUUCAAUGCUGGCAAGCACACUGAAGCAUAUGAGGCUCUAGCAAAUGCUGAAAAGAUAUGUUAUAUACUCUACCCUGGUGAUGAAUCAAUAGAAGGCAAGAUCCUUCGUUUAAAGCAACAAUAUACUUUGUGUUCAGCUUCUCUCCAAGACAUAAUUGCACGAUUUGAGAGAAGAUCAGGAACAACUGUGAAUUGGGAACAAUUUCCUGAAAAGGUUGCAGUGCAGAUGAAUGAUACUCACCCGACCCUGUGCAUCCCAGAGCUAAUGAGAAUCUUGAUAGAUGUAAAAGGUUUAAGCUGGAAGGAUGCUUGGAAUAUUACUCAAAGGACUGUAGCAUAUACAAAUCAUACUGUUCUGCCAGAGGCAUUGGAGAAGUGGAGCUUGGACCUCAUGCAGAAAUUACUUCCUCGCCAUGUUGAGAUCAUAGAAAUGAUUGAUGAAGAGCUGAGUCAGACAAUAAUUGCUGAAUAUGGCACAGCAGAUUUAAACUUAUUAGAGAAAAAAUUGAAGGAAAUGAGGAUUCUUGAAAAUGUUGAAUUACCUGCAGAAUAUGCAGAUUUAUUUAUUAAACCCAAGGAGGCUGUUGCUAUUUCUAGUGAAGGGCUUCAGGAUGCAGAAGAAGAUGGAAAAGAAGAGGAGGAGGAAGAGGAGGAAGAAGCAGCAGCGGCAACUGGUAAAAUGGAUGGAACAGACGAAAGUCACACUGAGGAUGAGGAGGAGCAGUUGCCAGAGCCACUACCUGAACCACCAAAAUUGGUCCAUAUGGCUAAUCUUUGUGUUGUGGGCGGUCAUGCAGUGAAUGGGGUUGCAGAGAUACAUAGUGAAAUUGUGAAGGAUGAAGUAUUCAAUUCAUUUUAUAAGUUGUGGCCUGAGAAAUUCCAAAACAAGACCAACGGGGUCACACCAAGAAGAUGGAUCAGGUUUUGCAAUCCAAAUUUGAGCAACAUAAUAACUGAGUGGCUAGGAACAGAAGAUUGGGUGUUAAAUACUGAAAAGUUGGCUGAACUACGAAAAUUUGCAGAUAAUGAGGAUAUGCAGAUCCAGUGGAGGGAAGCAAAGAGGAGUAACAAGAUGAAGGUUGUUGAAUUUCUCAGACAAAAAACAGGGUAUUCUGUCAGUCCUGAUGCAAUGUUUGACAUCCAGGUAAAGAGAAUCCAUGAAUAUAAGCGACAGUUGUUGAACAUUCUGGGAAUUGUUUACCGCUACAAGAUGAUGAAAGAAAUGAGUGCUGCUGAAAGGAAUGCAAAAUUUGUUCCUCGAGUUUGUAUCUUUGGGGGAAAGGCAUUUGCUACAUAUGUGCAGGCCAAGAGAAUUGUGAAAUUUAUCACAGAUGUUGGAGCUACAAUAAAUCAUGAUCCUGAAAUAGGAGAUCUUCUUAAGGUUGUUUUUGUCCCUGAUUACAAUGUCAGUGUUGCUGAGAUCCUUAUUCCUGCAAGUGAAUUGUCACAACAUAUCAGUACUGCUGGAAUGGAGGCCAGUGGAACAAGCAACAUGAAAUUUGCCAUGAAUGGCUGCUUACUGAUUGGAACAUUGGAUGGGGCCAACGUUGAAAUAAGGGAAGAAGUUGGAGCAGACAACUUCUUCCUCUUUGGUGCCAAGGCUCAUGAAAUUGCUGGACUUCGGAAAGAAAGAGCUGAGGGAAAGUUUGUGCCUGAUCCAAGAUUUGAAGAAGUUAAAGAAUUCGUCAGAAGUGGUGCUUUUGGGCAUCACAACUAUGAUGAAUUGAUGGGAUCGUUAGAAGGAAAUGAAGGGUUUGGCCGCGCGGAUUAUUUCCUUGUGGGAAAGGACUUCCCCAGCUACAUAGAAUGCCAAGAAAAGGUCAAUGAGGCAUAUCGAGAUCAAAGAACAUGGACACGAAUGUCAAUAUUGAAUACAGCAGGCUCUCACAAGUUUAGCAGUGACCGCACGAUUCACGAAUACGCCCGAGAUAUAUGGAACAUUGAUCCAGUCCCAUUACCUUAGAAGAUGGAUGUCUUCAUAUCAUCAUACCUAGCAGCAAAAAUAUGGGUGCUCCUCUCAUGGCCCUGGUGAUCACGGCUUUCGGUUUAUCAUAUUUCCCCUGAAAAUAAAUAAAGCCUUGGGAAGACUCCAGAGUAGCGGCAUUUGAACAUAACUGCGGCUAUGUUUUUCAGCGCCAAUAAGCCUGCAUCCUUCUUUUUCUUGUUUCUGUGUGGCACCAGAACUGAAAUAAAGUUCUUUCUAUUGGCUGCAGAUGCACGAUAAAAGUAAAAUAUAUGGUGAAUUUUGCUCCUAAGUGUGUUAAUUGAUAUGAUGAAUAUAGAGAUCCUCAUGUGGUGGGAUAUCACUAUAUAA